AUGGUCUCUAUCGCACUUCAAGCAUUCUUGAGCCUUCUGGUUUGGGUCUCCCUCUAUACUGGCUUCUGGUGUCGGAACAAACACCGCACCCCAGAAUGGAGCUGCCGGCUGGUCACUUUGGUGCACGGACUGAUCGUCACCUUCCUCUCUGGCUACAUCGCCCUUAUUGACGGACCCUGGCCCUUGACCCAUGCAGGAUCCCCGAACACAGCUCUCCAAGUCUUCCUCAUGUGCCUGACGCUGGGAUACUUCAUCUUUGACCUUGGCUGGUGCAUCUAUUUCAGCAGUGAGGAUGAGCUAAUGCUUUCUCACCAUAUGCUGAGCAUCUGGGGCAUGGUGAUCGUGCUGGCGCACGGCGAGUCCGCUACCGAGAUCAACGCCGUCCUUUUCGUGAGCGAGAUCACCAACCCUUUGCUGCAGGUGCGCUGGUUUCUGCGGAGUAUGGGGCACUACUACAACGUCAUUGGAGAAGUGGUGGACGGCCUCUUUGUGACUCUCUUCCUGGGCUUCCGGAUCAUUGGAGGAGCCUGGAUCGUGCGUGCGGUCUUGACCUCACCCAAGACCAUUUUGAUCCUCAAGGCUGGAGUGAUGGCGAUGUACCUUGUGUCCUUCCUGUUUUUGGUGGACAUCUUCAAUUUCGUCAAGAGGAAGCUAAUCAAGAAAUAUUAUGCUUGGAGAAAUAGAAGAACUGGGGGAGAGGAUCUCAAGAGCAAUGGACACAUCCCUGCUCGUCAAUGUGGACAUGAAGGAGACAAUGAUGCCCAAGCUAGCGGUACCCAAAUGGAAUCCUUGGCCUUCCCAGCUCAUUCCAAAAGAUGA